AUGAGUGAUGCUUUGGGGGCCAAUCUGUUGGACUGCAACUACUCCAUCCCUGACCCACAGCUGAUCCGGAGGAUCGUGUCCCAGGUGGAGUUCUACCUCUCUGAUGAGAACCUGGCCAAGGAUGCUUUCCUCCUGAAACACGUCCAGAAGAACAAGAUGGGCUUUGUCAGCAUCAAACUCCUCACGUCCUUCAAGAAGGUGAGAUACUUGACGCGUGACUGGCGGCUCACGCUCUACGCCCUGCGGUUCUCCAGGCUGCUGGAGGUGAAUAAGGAGGGGACCAAAGUGAGGAGGAGGAUCCCCAUCCCCGAGUCCCUCCUGACCGUCCCCCCCAGCAAACUGCUGCUGGCUUGGGAGCUGCAGCCCCAGGAGCAGGACAUGCCACCGCUGCUCCAGAAGAACUUCCUUGAGACCAUCACAAGGAUGUUCAGCCCCUUUGGAGCCAUCGCUUCCAUCCGCAUCCUGCGUCCAGGUCGCAAACUGCCCUCGGAUGUGCGGAAAUACACGUCCCGCUUCCCGGAGCUGCUGAGCAAGUGCUGCGCGAUGGUGGAGUACGAGAGCCUGGAGAGUGCCUGCAGGGCCUUUGAGGACCUCAGCAGCCAGAGCUGCCUGGGCGGGGAGUGCAUCAAAGUGGUCCGGCUCUGGACGAGGGGCUCCAAGAAGAAACCUGGGGCUGAGAGGAAGGUGAUGGAGCUGGACCAGAUGGGAUGGAGCGUGCAGGCGGCCGCUUCCGUGUUCCCCCGCAGCCUCGGGGACUCUGGGCUCUGCAGCGCUCCAGGGUCAGAUGGUGCCUGGGUGUCACCACCCCUCCUCCAGAGCAAGGACCCCUCGACACCCACCUCAUCUGGUGGGAACUUAAAGCUCAGCAACUUCAGCAACACCAUCACUGGGUCACUCCUCAGCAGCAAAGUCUUCCCUCCGCUCACCUUGGACACCGGGAGCUGCUCCGGCCCCUCUCUGGGCUCUGCAGCGCUCCAGGCCCAGGGGAUGAUGAGCGACCGCCUUGGCCUGCAGGAUGUGGUGCUUCACCUGCCCUAUGGCUCUGAUGGCACCAAGGGCUUCUGGAGCAGCUUCGGGAGGGGAGACCUUGUCCUCCGGCGCUGA